GACCAAACAAUUCACAUGCGACAGUUUGUUUCCCUCAGUUUGGAUUCAGACUUUGUCGCAGACUGUGUCCACUGAUAAAUAGGAAAAUGUGUGGUGGAUUAAUGAUGUGCCUCAGAAAGAGACACUGUGAGUGAGAGAUCAGAGCAUAUCUGCACUGCCUGGCUAAAACACCCAGGGAAGUAAGAAAAGCAAACAGUGCUGUGGAGUGGGAAAGCAAUGAUAGGAGUCACAGCACAGUGCAGGAAUGCUGAAUGCUGUGGACUACGCAGGCAAAAGAGUGGUGAGAAUGAGGUAGUCACCAUUUGCUCAACUGGGUACAGUCUUUCAUAACGGCAGCAAGCCACAUCCACUGAUCUGAGAACAGUUAACCUUUACCUGUAACUGGUUCACGUACACCUCAGUUCCUCGACCCACAGCAUCCUGCACUGUACAGCCACACGUUAGAGCACCAUUUGGCCUAAGGGUACUGCAUUGGAUUGAAGAUAUAAGUUACUAAAACAUGGUGCUUUUCGCAGGUCGGCCACUGAUCACAGUGUGGACAAUACAACGGAAAUGCUACGGGACUGGCUGGGUGCAGUGGACAGCCUUUACCACUCGGUUGAGUUGAGGACCACAGAGGAGUCACGCCCUUUGUUUGGGGAGCAGGGGCCGAAGCACUGGGCUGACUCCAGGUACACCCAUGUGUUGCAGCUGAGGCAAGCAGCACUGAGGAGAGCCAGGGCUGUGUGGGCAGACUACAUACUGGUGAGAAGCCAGUAGUAAGACCUUCACCAGCUCCCGCUUAGCGAUGCUUUAUCUACAGGGCUUACACAGUACAGUUUAUUCUCAUCCUUAUUCUCAGUUGAGAUUCCUAUGUAUAGGACAUCAGUGACAUCAAACAGUCUGAAGAUAUACAGCCUACUUUCCUCUUUGAUUUUGAUUCCAGUUCAGUUUCAGUUUCUUUACGGUGACUGCAUAUGUUCUAAUACUUGACACUGUUUUUUUUUUUAUUUAUCUUUUGAUGCAAAGCCCCAUGUGUAUAUUUAUCUAAAGGUAUACCAUAUUACAUUUACAUUUACAUUUAGUCAUUUAGCAGACGCUUUUGUCCAAAGCAACGUACAAGGGAGAGAACAGUCAAGCUACGAGCAAUAGAGUAACAAUAAAUACUAUUUUACAUAAGAAAUAGAAAAAAGAAAUGGAAGUUCACAGUUCCUUUUGUGAAGGGACCAUCUGCCUGUGCACAUGCCUCUUUUGACAAAUGUGACCUUUUGUGUUGUUGCACAUGAAUCGGAAUCACACAUUGUCUUGCAGUUUGCAGACAGUGACAAUCUGCUGACAAAUCCAAAAGUGCUGACACUGCUUAUGGCUGAGAAUAAGACUCUGGUGGCACCCAUGCUGGAGUCCCGUACUCUUUAUGCCAAUUUCUGGUGUGGCAUGACACCCCAGGGUUAUUAUAAACGCACCCCUGAGUACAUACCCAUCAGAGACUGGAAGCGUUUGGGAUGUCAUGCCGUUCCCAUGGUGCACUCCACUUUCCUGCUGGACCUGCGUCGAAAUGCGAGCAGAGAUCUGGCCUUCUACCCAGUCCAUCACCUCUACCCCUGGAUUCUGGAUGAUAUAAUGGUCUUGUCUUUCUCAGCUAAGCAAGCAGGUGUGCAGAUGUUUGUGUGUAACAAAGAGCACUACGGGUACCUUCCUGUGCCCCUGAAGCCUGAUCAAAACCUGGAGGACGAAGUGGAGAGCUUUUCUUACAUAGUCUCUGAGGCUUUGAUUAAGCAUACUUUGGAACCAUCACAUUUCUUGCAUACCCCACUUAAGCAGAAAGACAAAAUGAUGUUUGAUGAGAUCUACCUCAUCAAUCUGAGACGCAGACUGGACCGGAGGCAGAGAAUGUUGAGCACGCUGGAUGUUCUGGGCCUUGAGGCUACACAGACUGAUGCAGUGGAUGGCAAAGCUCUGAACACUUCUCAGUUGCUGGAACUGGGCAUUGACAUGCUCCCCAAUUACAAAGACCCAUAUUCUGAACGUGUCCUGACAAGGGGAGAGAUUGGAUGUUUCCUCAGUCAUUACAACGUCUGGAAACAGAUGGUGGAGAAAGGACAGCAGCAAGUGCUUCUGCUGGAAGAUGAUGUGAGAUUCGUGACUCGCUUCAAGAGCCGCCUGAUCACCAUCAUGCAGGACGUAAAGGCUACUGGUCUUGACUGGGACCUCAUUUACGUGGGUCGGAAACGGUUGCAGUUGAAGGAGCCUGAGCGCUGGGUGGAGGGGGUAAAGAACCUGGUGCACCCAGACUAUUCCUACUGGACCCUGGGAUACGCCCUCUCUCUGCAAGGAGCCCGGAAGCUUCUCCAGGCAGAGCCAUUUGGCAAGAUGCUGCCAGUGGAUGAGUUUCUGCCCAUCAUGUUUGAUAAGCAUCCUAGAGAGGAGUACAUGGCCCACUUUGAGCGCAGAGAUCUUAAGGCCUUCUCCGUGGAGCCUCUGUUGCUUUUCCCCACGCAUUACACGGGCGAGCCAGGCUACACCAGUGACACAGAGACCUCCACCAUCUGGGACAAUGAGAACAUGAGCACUGACUGGGACCGGGAGAGUUCCCAAAAGAACUACGCCGGCACACACCCUCCUGUCUCAAGCCCACCCAGCAGCAGCAGUCAGCAGGAUGAACUGUGACCCAAAAAACAACUCUGACCCAUUUUCAAAAAUGAAAAAAAAAAGCCCAGAUGAAGACCAAAACACAUUUCAAGCGAAGGUGGAAAGCAGUCUGAACUACAUCUAUAAUCUCUUAAUCCUGCUACUACUGUUGGGAUCCACAGCACUGUUUUUACAUGCAAUUGCAAGUCGUAGCCUACUCACAUGGUUGAAGGCCCCACUUAACUGCUGCCUUAGAUUAGCUGAAGCAGGUGUGCUCAUAUGAUGAGGUACAGGGGGUUUUCCAAUUACAUGGUUUAGUGACCUGGGUAAAUUAACCCAGAACAAAGCCAUAGGGCUCUUCUUUUAGAAGGUUUCCCACUUACUCGGAGUUAACUUCCUCAGGUUUGUCACUAAACCACAUCAUUGGAAUGCCCCCCAGGUCUAAAACGAGAGGUGCUGUGGAUCCAUAGGGGGCAGGAUUGAGAAAGACUGAUGGGAGCUAGUCUGAUAAAUUGCUCAAAUCCCUGCAUUUUUUUAAGUUUGCCGACAGUUUCACACAAACUGCACUACUCACUGACUACUGAGGAAAAUGUAAUGUGACAAAUUACACUUGACAAAUUAAAACGAUGACGUCCUGUGAGAACGAUAAACAGAGGUCUUGUAAUUUGGAGAUUAAAAUAAUGUUCUUUGUGCUGAAUAAAAUCCUCAUGUUCAUGUUAUAAAUUACACUCCUCAUCAAAGCACUGUCUCAUAGUUUAAUUGUAAUAUGCAUCUCUCUGGUGCUACACCCUGUUACUUGACACCUGCCUAUUUAUGAAGAACCAUGGGCUUGGGGUCUGGAUCCAUCGAUGGACUGAUGUCAAAUUAAGUAACAAGAUGCUUGAAAACACAUAGCAACAUCCAUGUAGUCAGUCUAAAAUGACAAAAGACUGUGCUGGAAGCCUGACUAAAGCUUAGAAGGCCAUUCAAAGGCCAUACCUGCUGACAAGGUUUGGUUUGGGGAACUGAGAAUAACAAGCUGAAUACAUUCACCAUCCAUAGCUAAUCCUGGAGGAUGUGAUUGCUAGAAACAAGAAAUAACCUAUGACAAAAUAACACACAAUACAGUUGACAUUUUGAAUUGAAUCUUAAUAUUUUUAUUUAUUAUUUAAAAAGCACUGGCAGUUUUGUUUGAGGCAAAAAAAUCGAUUAUUAGUACUGUUUGAUACCACAACAUAAGCUAUUAAAAAAAAUACUUAAAAUCACACAAAUAA